UAAUUGAAGAAACAUUGAGCUGAACUACGAGUCUAUUUCUAAUGGUGCUGGAUUACUCCUGCAGAGCUGCCCUGGGAUCAACCUCAAGACAGGGCUCUGGCAGACACAAGUCACCUUCUGAUCACUGCACUUAGCUCUCACUGGGGACUUAAAUUUUGGAAGUGCUCCUUUUUUACAUGAUUUCUUCCAAAAUGAUGAGUUCUCAUCCUGAGGAAGACCCUUUGGAUGCGUUUCUCCAGUACAUAGAAGACAUGGGGAUGAAGGCCUACGAUGGCUUGGUUAUACAGAAUGCAUCAGACAUUGCUCGAGAAAAUGAUCGCUUGAGAAAUGAAACAAACCUGGCUUACUUGAAGGAGAAGAAUGAGAAACGCCGAAGACAAGAAGAAGCAAUAAAACGCAUAGGUGGAGACAUAGGACGAAGUCACGACGGAAGUUACGUGGGCAAGCAUUUCCGCAUGGGGUUCAUGACAAUGCCUGCUCCUCAAGAUCGACUCCCCCACCCUUGCUCCAGUGGCUUUUCUGUGAGAUCACAGUCCUUGCAUUCAGUCGGGGGUACAGAUGACGACAGCAGCUGUGGCUCCCGGAGACAGCCACCCCCCAAACCCAAGCGGGACCCUAGCACCAAGCUGAGCACAUCUUCUGAGACAGUCCACAGCACUGCUGUCUGUAAGAGCGGGAAGGCCCCUGAGAGGACUGAAGUGUCAGCCAAACCCAGACCCCACAGUGAUGAAUAUUCAAAGAAGAUUCCUCCUCCGAAACCCAAACGCAAUCCAAACACUCAGCUAAGCACGUCUUUCGAUGAAACGUAUAUCAAAAAGCAUGGCCCCAGGAGGACGUCGCUGACACGGGACUCCUCCCUGUCCCAAGUGGGCAGUCCCGCAGGUGACCCAGAGGACGAGGAGCCUGUGUACAUCGAGAUGGUGGGCAACAUUCUCAGAGACUUCCGGAGAGAGGAGGAUGACCAGAGUGAGGCAGUCUAUGAGGAAAUGAAAUACCCCAUCUUCGAUGAUUUAGGCCAAGACUCCAAAUGUGACUUUGACCAUCACAGUUGUUCUUCACAGUGUGCUACUCCUGCAGUGCCUGAGUUGGACUUCGUCAAGUCCUCAGUGCCAUGUACUCCAAAGGGUUUGCUUUGUGACAUCCCUCCACCCUUCCCCAACCUGCUCUCCCACCGGCCCCCACUCCUGGUGUUCCCACCAGCCCCGGUGCAGUGUUCCCCCAAUUCCGACGAGUCUCCACUCACUCCUCUGGAGGUCACAAAGCUUCCUGUGUUGGAAAAUGUGUCUUAUAUGAAACAGCAAGCUGCAGCGUCUCCAUCCUCACUGCCAUCGCAGACCUCUGGCCAUCCCAAGCUGGAGAAAGACCAGGCCGGAGCACUAGGACCCGCCUCUGCUACUUCUGUGCUCUCCUCGUCCCCUCCUCACCCUUCCACUUUGUACCGAACCCAGUCUCCCCACGGCUAUCCUAAAAGUCAUUCUGCCUCUCCUUCACCUGUUAGCAUGGGACGGUCCCUUACUCCUUUAAGCCUCAAAAGGCCACCCCCUUACGACGCUGUGCAUUCUGGCAGCCUUUCCAGGAGCUCUCCAUCAGUGCCUCAUUCGAUCCCCAGACCACUGUCGCAAGAUGGGGCCAAGAUGGUCAAUGCUUCUGUGAACACCUACGGGUCAGCUCAGAGCGGCUCGAGGUCCAGGACACCCACCAGCCCUUUGGAAGAACUUACCAGCCUCUUUACCUCCGGACGAAGCCUGCUGAGAAAGUCCUCUAGCGGCCGAAGGUCUAAAGAACCCGCAGAGAAGUCAACAGAUGAGCUUAAAGUUCGAAGCCACAGUACGGAGCCCAUACCAAAGUUGGACAGCAAAGACAGAGGGCAUCAUGGGACAUCUUCCUCCAGAGAGCCUGGCAAAGCUCAGGAAUGGGACGGAACACCAGGGCCACCAGUGGUGACCAGUAGACUGGGAAGGUCUUCUGUGAGCCCCACCUUACUAGCAGGAAGCCACAGUUCAGAGUCUAAGGUAAGCUGCAAGUUAGGCCGGUCUGCGUCCACAUCAGGUGUGCCUCCUCCAUCAGUUACUCCUCUCAGGCAAGCCAGUGACCUGCAACAGAGCCAGGUACCAUCAUCGUUAGCCAAUCGUGAUUGACUUCCUGUGAUGCAACAUGCCAAACGCUUCCCACCUCUGUCUGUCAUGUGUUGCUGUAGACAACGUUUACAUUUGCUUUUCUUUUUCUCCAUGUGUGUGGGUGGGUGGGAUGAGUUGUGCGGUCUGUGUUUUCAGUCGAAAAGGAAAGCCUAUCUCCUCUGUGAUUGGUAAAACUUUCUUUGCUGUUUGUGACCAAAUCGUUUUUGUCUCUAGUUUCCAUCAUUCUGUAAUAUAAAUGUAGUAAACUUGUACUGUGUGUAUUAGCUGAGUAGCUGUUUCUUUAAAUUCUCUCUCUCCUCCAUGUUUUGUGUACUUUUAUACUGUCUCUGAAAAUUUAUCAACCUUUGAUAAAUUUAUCUAAUUUGUUUUAUGUAGAUUUCUUUUUUCAAUGUUUUGUCUACAAUAUUUGCACAGAUGUUGUCAAUGAAUCUGUACAUAACCCUUAGCUCUUAUCCAAUUAUAUUGUAAUAUCUGUGGCCAUUUAAUUUUUAUUUCUUCUUAGCUUGGAGCAUGAUUGUAAGACACUGUGAAUAUCUAUGUCCUUAUAAAUAUUCAUAUAUCAACUCAUUGGGAUUAAACAUGGCAGCUAACCUCUCGUCUUUCUUUGGCCAUAGA